CCUAGUUGAGAAUUGUUGUUUUAUUCUUAUUGCAUAGGGUAUAUAUAUUAUAUUUUAAUACUACACAGAAUUUUCCAUCCGCUGUACUUAGAAAGACAUUAGGAGCAUCAUUCUUGGAACAUGUAGUGGCACGCGUUCUAACAAAACUUGCUAACGAGUAAAAAAAAACCUUUAGAUGGUUUGUUUUCCGUUCUUUUCAAUAUUAAGCUCAAUUAAACUUGGUUUUAGUGCGCUUGCAUUUUUACCUUUUCAAAAACAAUCACUCCCAAAACAAUAAAAAGCCCGUAUAACUGUCUAGAAAAAUAGCUUUAAGUGUCUUCAAUGUUUUGAAAACAAAAUCGUCCUCACUUCCUUCUAAACCGUCUUUAGAAUACAAGGCUUAGUGACUCUUAAAGUGGUCUUUAUUGAUAGCAGCUUAAGUAGAGCCUUUCAGCAAGCAAAUGUCAUUUUAACUCGAUCUCCAAACUAAGAUUUAUUUCUCUUUUGGACUGGAAUGUGCAGGCCUUGACAUUAAAGAAAUAUUGUAACAUCCGGCAGGUUUUUUCUCUGUUGAUGUGUUGUGUUUUGUGCGAUUGUCUUUUCGACAGAAUAAACCCUAGAUCACUUCCUUAUACGUAUUGACUUACACUCACACCUUUACCCGCUUGUAGUCAUGCGAAUGGUGUUUUUUCUAAUUUGAUUCGCACCGAAGUCCCCACACAGUUCGCGCAAUCGCCUUUUUAAGCUCAAACCUUAAUUUCCUUUUCUAUGUACCCGAAGAAUACCUUUUUUACUGUGCGCGCUUUUGUCGCUCAUGAUAGUAACAGCGAGUGAGGAGGAAAUCGCUGCUGAGAAGGGGUCUGAACUCUCUGCCAGACAUGAUGAAUAAACUUUUUCAAGCAAAGCAAGAGCACCUGUUACGGCAAGGAGUUGUGCUGAUAAUUUCACGGCUACCGUCUGGGUUCAACAUGAUAAGCAAUGACGAGUUUAAGCUAAUCAAUGCUAUUCGUUCAGCCCCCUUACACAAGCCCGCCCUUCCAGCCGCAAGCUCUUUUCAGAGAAGUUAAUAAAAACUUUGAAUGUGAUUAUAUUGUUCUGUAAAGAAAAGAGCAAAAAGGCCGCCUUGCUCACUCAACCUUUAAAACUCUCGAAAUUAACGUUUGGUACUUUUUGAAGCAGAUCACAUGUCUGACCUCUUUAAAAUAACAACAUUAUGUGUGAAAGUUUGUGGAGGUCUCGCGCGAACGAUACGAUCUUCCUGACUUUCGUAGAUUGCUCCUAAUUGUGUGCUUAUUAGUAUAGUUAUUGCGCCAGUAAAGAGCUCAGGGCUUAUCACUUUGUAGCUAUAAAUCCGAGCCGAGUUCUCGAUUGCCGUCCUUGUAACAGAUAAACUCUCCGAUCUGAUAAAAUGGACUGAUAUCUCUAUUAGACGAUUUCACUCCGUCGCAUCACGCUGUUACAAGCCUUACUGAUUAAAUACAUUUAUAAUUCACGGCUUUAUUAUACGCAAAUACUGUGCGCCAUUGUAACGCGUGACUUUGCCGGUUUCGCGGAGUUUUCCUAAUUUAAUUAAAUUUACCAAGCUUGGUUUAAAGGUAACCUUUUGCUGUUUGUUUGUACGAAGUGUUCAUUCUUCUUUGUAAAUACAAGUCUUUGCUAGCACUAGGGGUCGUGCGACCAACCAUUAAUUGGAUUACAAUUACUUAAUCAAAUUUUACCUAGUAAUCAAAGUCAAGUAUAUACACACAACGUUAUAUUGUUGUGAUUCUAGCAAACACCACAAAUUGGUCCUCUGCGCGCUUGGAAGCACAAGUAAACCGCUUUGUUGUGUCUUUUCCGGUCACGAUUUCUGUGACUCAAUAUUGACAAAUAGUUCUAAAUAUUUGCAGUAUAGUGCUCUAAGAAGCGUUUACCUUAGGGCUAAAAAAUAAACCUCACUUCCGAAAUCCGAUUGCUUCCCCAAUAAGUACCUUUGAAAAUAGCCUACUUAAGAAAAUCUGCAGUGAAAUAUGUGGUUGUCAAAGCCAAUACUGUGCAGAAUAUAAACAUACUUUAUUGUCACGGGAAACUUUUAUAAACUUAAGGCGGGCUGUGGAACAGCGACAGGGUAUUUUCUUGGUUUGUUUGGUCGGCAAAGUACAAGAGCCACAAGCUGUGAAGUACACAAUCCAAAAACACUGCUGUGUUGUAUAGGCAGUUCAGUACCCCCCUUUAUUUGAUCGGAAAGUGGUUUAGCACCCCUCGGUUGAUGGUUCCGCUUGACUUCGUGGCUUCCUGCCCGAUGUAAAAACCCUUAUCAUCGGCACCAAUGAUCAGUGUGUAAGAGAGCGGGGACGAGUGAACAUUAGGUGUUAAUCGGCAUCGGGAUUCAUCGUCACUUAUACUGUCAAUCCAUUCAAUUAAUUUCGAGGGCGAUUACGCGUUCCCAGAGUAAUCAAAGCUCGACCAAUCACACGAGGAGUUUGACUAUUGUUCGCAACACCGCUUUCGUACAGACAUCGAAUUUAAUCCACCCCCAAACGCGCAGCUGAAGCCAAAGGCGACACACGGAGGGCCAGUAAGUAGGCAUUCGCACAACAGAAAAACACACAAACCAUUUGGCUUCAAAUGCUGCGGCCUGACUGUGCGCCGGAUCAGUCUGCCAUGGAAGCGAGAGUGAACGGAGUGAUCGAAGAGCCAGUCUCUGACUCGGACUCACAGCCCGAUGCCGGCACCGACUCCACUCACGAAGAACUCAGACCCGUCGUCACAUCCUUCUCCGUCAAAGACAUCCUCGAUCCCAACAAGUUUACGGCGAGUACGAUCAGGCGCCGGUCAAGCGACAGUGACGGGGACUCGGACGCUGAAGGCUCCUCCACACCGACUUCUCCAACUGGAGUUUGGCAUCCGUGGAUGAACGCUACACGCUAUAACCGUCCUCAGACCAAAUCGCAAGACCCAGACAAGGAUAAAGCAUCUGAUGUGGAUAUAUCUCGAUCCGACCAAGAAACGACGGACGCAGCGGGCGAAGACCCCAAGUCCUCUAGCAAAUCGAAACGAAAACGCGGCUCAACGGAACGCGCGAAGGAGGGCAAACCUCGAAGAGCAAGGACUGCUUUCACAUACGAACAACUAGUCGCACUGGAAAACAAAUUUAAGAGCACUAGGUAUUUAUCUGUGUGCGAGAGACUGAAUCUUGCGCUGUCUCUAGGACUGACGGAGACCCAAGUGAAAAUAUGGUUUCAAAACAGACGCACAAAAUGGAAGAAGCAGAACCCCGGUAUGGAUGUUACGGCCCCUACCCGGCCAAAUAUCCCUCACGGACCAGCUAGUCUAGCCGGGUAUCCGCCGGGCUUCCUAUGCGGAGCGCAAUGCCCAUCACAAAUGCACUACUACACGUCGAGUAGCAGUCUGCCGUACAUAAUACGACCUCAUCCCACUUACGGGCACUUAUAGCGCACACUAAGGACAGCAAAGCUGCCGCAGAACACCAUUUACAGGGGACGAUCCCAACAGUCAAGAGCUGUAACAUAUAUAGAUAUAUAAAUUAUUAGGAAACGAUAUAAAUGACUCGGUCAUACUGAGUAUAGUGUCCAUAUUAUAUAAAUAGUCUGUAUAUUUUGGGUGUGGGGGCGCUCUGUUUAUUCCAAACAGCGAGUUUUACACUACUACUGCAUAGCUGUAUAUUUGCCUAACGAGUCAGCGUGUUACCAACCACAAAACGAGCUUGUAUCGAGCUUUUAAUGUCAUCCUCAUCUUGCAGUUUCGCAAACUCAGUUUUUGCUUGAUUCUUUGUAAGUAUUGAGAUAAUUUAAGUAGAGUUCUAGAUCUUAUGUUCUUUAAUCAGACUUAGACUUCCAUUUAUCAAUGAUUCAAGGGCAACCCUCUACAGACCCAUGUUAUUUAUUUGGCGUUCAACUCUGUAGCAAACUAUUCGGGCUAUGAGUCUUAUUAAACUUGUGUCUCAUUCUUAA